AGAAUGGUUUCUGUCCAUUCAAAUACCAAAAAUAUCAGAAGAGGCAGCCAACUUGUCCGCGUUCUUCAGCAACUCUGCCAUCAAUUUCAAAUCCCAGUCCUUAAAUAUUCUAUUUCGAAAACAGAUUAAACUGUAUUUUUCCUCAGUUUAAUUAAUUUAUGGUUGUGAAUAAAAUGAAUUGGAUAGGGUUGCCCGCACUUCUUCUUCUGCUACUCUUCAACACUGGAACAUCACAGUCCAUCAUCAAAACUCUUCCAGGUUACUCGGGUACUCUGCCCUUUAAACUUGAAACCGGAUACAUUGGUGUGGGAGAAAACGAUGAAGUGCAGCUAUUCUACUAUUUCGUUGAGUCUGAAAAUAAUCCUAAAACAGACCCUCUUAUAUUUUGGAUCUCUGGUGGGCCCGGUUGCUCUGGCUUAUCCACUCUCGUCUAUGAAACUGUGUGCUUUUGCACAGGUCCAUUUUAUUAUGAUGUGGCAGAUUUUGAUGGAAGCUUACCAUCUAUUCUCCCAAAUCCAUAUUCAUGGACCAAGUUAUAUGGUUUUCAGGUUGCCAGUAUCAUAUUCAUUGAUUCGCCUGUUGGUACCGGAUUUUCUUAUGCAAACACAUCAAAAGGUUACUCUUCCUCAGACAAAAAAUCAGCAAAAGAUAAUUACACAUUUCUUAGGAAGUGGUUAUUGAAUCACCCCAUGCUUAGCAAAAAUCGUCUAUAUGUUGCGGGUGAAUCCUACGGAGGCAAACUUGUUCCCAUGGUUGCCAUGGAAAUAUUACUAGGUAACGAAGCGGGAUUACGGCCACGAAUGUCCCUACAAGGAUACAUUAUUGGAAAUGGAUUAACAGAUCCAAACAUCGAUUAUAAUGAACGAAUUCCAAUUGCUCACCGCUUGGCACUUAUAUCCGAUGAAUAUUUUGAGCUAGCAAAAGUUAGCUGUGGUGGGAAAUAUGACAAUCCUGAUCCAAAUAAUGUGCAAUGUCUUUUAGCCCUUCAACCUAUCAAAGAGUGUGUAAACCAAAUAAAUGAAGGUCAUAUAUUGGAACCAAAAUGUAAACGCCUACCAAAAACAGAUAAUUUUGGAUGGGAUCUUACAUUUUCGAAAGACGAUUCUGUUGAUCACCUCGUCCUCCAAGUAUCCAAACAAGAUCGACAAUGGUGUCGCAGUCAAAACUAUGAAUCAUGUUAUGUUUGGGCAAAUGAUUUGACUGUCCAAGAAGCUCUUCGUAUUAGAAAGGGGACAAUUGGAGAGUGGAUGAGAUGUAACCGCAGCAUAUCUUAUGAAGUGAAUCAAAAAAGUGUUCUUCAUUAUCAUGAAAUUUUCAGCAAUAAAGGAUAUAAUGUUUUAAUAUACAAUGGUGAUCAUGACCUGCUGAUACCUUAUAUGGGUCCUUUAAAAUGGAUUCGCAAUCUCAGUAUGACUAUUGAUGAUGACUGGAGACCUUGGCAUGUUAAUGGCCAAGUCGCGGGAUACACAAUGAAGCAUAAGAAGAAUGAAUUCAACCUCACAUUUGUAACAGUGAAGGGUGCAGGUCAUACACCACCAGAGUACAAGCCUAAAGAAUGUCUUGCGAUGAUACACCGGUGGCUCUCAACACGUCUCUUAUAGGUAUUGAUAGACAAGCAUGUUUUAGGGGUUCAUUUGCACGGUGCAGGUCAUAUGACCUUACUUUUAUUUAAGUUUGUUGGCCAACAGGCCCCACCGUAUAUCCCAUAGAAGCAUGGCUUCCUAAUGACGUUGUCACAUCAUAACAUGUUGAUUCUCUUGAAUAUGUCAACCAUAGUUUAUACUAAAAAGAGAACUAUGUGACUUUAAUUCUAGAAAACAAUCAGUUAAAAGAACUAAAACUUCCAAUGACUUGAUAAAAUUAUUUUUUUCUCUUUGAGAUC